CUCUGCGCCAUCUCCAUACUCCAGCGCUACUUCUAAUGCACAAGCGCCGUGCUCUCUUUUCACUCGUUACAUUGUAGCCCGUCGCCAUCCCUCUUUCAGCCACGCGCGUCCGGCCGCUCCCUACGCUCUGGGCCUCCGACGACGUCGCCUCAAGAAAUCAAAUAGACCCGCCCGAGACUCGAGCCACCGCCCGCAACACCCGUCAGCCGGCAAGGUGGAGGGCAAGACGAAGCCCGAGAAGAGCCAGCGGUUCGACGCGCACCACCAGCAGCCUCGUGGCGCAAUGGCGGGCCACCAGCGGUACCUCCGCUACAUCAUUUUUGCGCUUAUCUGUCUAAUCCUCCUCUUCUUUAUAUCCUCAUCUUCCUCUGUGCCCUCAGCGCAGUGGCCCUCCUACAAGCCCGAUGGCGCGAAUGAGGCAGAGACGAGCCCUCAGUCGCCCAAGGAGGGCCAGGAGCAGCCGAAGCCCACGACGACACCCAGCGACAACAAGAAGCUCCCACCCGCUACUGCACCCGGCGACCGCAUGAACGCGACCUUCGUAACCCUCGCGCGCAAUUCGGAUAUCUGGGAGAUUGCCAAGUCGAUCCGCCACGUCGAGGACCGCUUCAACCGCAAGUUCAACUAUGACUGGGUGUUCCUCAACGAUGAUGAUUUCGACGAUGAGUUUAAAAAGGUCACAUCGGCAUUGGUAUCUGGUAAGACAAAGUACGGCAAGAUCCCGAAGGAGCACUGGUCGUUCCCGGACUUCAUCGACCAGGACCGCGCCGCAAAGGUUCGCGAGGAGAUGAAAGAAAAGAAGAUCAUCUACGGUGACUCUAUCAGCUACAGGCACAUGUGCCGCUACGAGUCCGGCUUCUUCUUCCGCCACCCGUUGAUGCUCGAUUACGAGUGGUACUGGCGCGUGGAGCCUAGCAUUGAGCUCUACUGCGACAUCGGUUACGACACCUUCAAGUUCAUGUCUGAGAACAACAAGAAAUACAGCUUUGUUCUGAGUUUGUACGAAUAUGUGGAAACAAUCCCGACGCUGUGGGAUGCGGUCAAGAACUUCACGGCUACCUACCCGCAGCACGUGGCGGAGGGCAAUUCGAUGAAGUUCCUCAGCGACGACGAUGGCAAGACGUAUAAUCACUGCCACUUCUGGUCUAACUUCGAGAUUGGCAACCUCAACUGGCUCCGCUCGGAGGCCUACAUCGACUACUUCAACUCCUUAGACAAGGCUGGUGGAUUUUUCUAUGAGCGCUGGGGCGACGCACCCGUGCACUCGAUUGCCGCUGCGUUGAUGCUCAAGAAGGAGGAGCUCCAUUUCUUCAACGAUAUUGCAUACUACCACGUCCCUUUCACCCAUUGCCCGACCGGCGAGCAGUAUCGCCUGGAGCACAAGUGCCAUUGCAACCCCAAGGACAACUUUGACUGGAAUGGCUAUAGCUGCACGUCUCGAUUCUUCGAGACCAACGGGAUGACGAAGCCAGAAGGGUAUGAACAGGAACAAUAAGUUGUUAGUUUCUUGCUCCCAAGUCACGUCCCGGUCACGGCCCAACGUAUAGAACGUCCGCUUCUUCCAGCACACCGUCUGACUUUCGAAACAAGUGCACCGAUCGAUGCUUCCGUAUGGGUCUGGUGGGUCCUCCGUCCUGUUAUCGUACUCCUCGUCUUCAUGGUAAUCUUGGGAGUCUACGUUGGAAGACGGCGUAGCAUUGGCUAUAGGUG